AUGGCUGGCAAGGCUAAGAAGAUGUCUUCCCCUUUGAAGCAGCCGGCUGAAAGAUCAUUUCCUAUCAUAGCGAGUCUGACAACAGCAUUCCCUUCUCCUGCAUCCUCCGUCCCCUUCCAUCAAUCUGUUCGGUCCACACAGUUCUCAAACGUGACAUCUCAAAAUAGUACCGAUGCCCUCAAUGAAUGGCACCGUUUGCUCCUUGUGCCUAGAGCCUCGCGUUAUGACACCAGCAAUCUUCAGCCAAUGCCCAAUUCUUCAAACCAGUCUCUGUUCCCUGAAAGAUUGAGUUGA